AUGAGCAGCUUUUUACGAAUGAACACGUUCCGGUCUAUUGUUCUAAAUGCUGUAAUUGGCCAUAAGUCUGAUGACUGUAAGAAAGGCCUUGCAAGAAAACCAUUGAGGCAGUCAAGCAAAAAAGCAGCGACGAAAUUGGUACAGCAGCCAAAGAGUAUUGUCAAAAAAUCUGGAAACCUUAAUUUGAUUUCAAAGGUUUCGGAUGUAGCUAAGGCCGGUGCCUCCACCUCUGUAUUGUCGGAAAAGGAGAAGGCUGGUAUUCCUAUGGACUUGCAAGAUUUGCAGCUUAGCAAUCUAGCCAUAGAAGAAGGGCAAGUGGCGGUACAGGAGAAAAUUGCGACUCCCUCUGUGAUUGUGACUGGAACCAAUCAUUUUGCAUUGAUGGAUUUGGAAUCCCAGGAUGAUUCUCAGGCAGAUAAGGAAGAAGAUAAUGUAGAAGUGGUGUUCCAAGAGGAGCUUGUUCGACCGAAUGUUGAAACUAAAAGUUCUUUGCCUGAAAACCCUAAAUUGGGUGAGCUUCAACAAGCAAUCAGUGCCUUGAGCAAUGAUAGGGUUUUGCCGUCGAGUUUAUUUUCAGAUGAUUGUGAUGUUGGGAAAUUCUCUGAAGAACAAGACCUUUUUGGUGCUGAUCCAGGUAGCUGGUCAGAAGGAGACAUUGAAGAUGACAGUGAUCAAGAAUGGGAACCAGCGCAAGGGGUGGUUUCCUCCACAAAAAGGCGCGGUAGAAGAACAAUGGCAUAA